UUCGUUGUUGCCAGCAGUGACGUGUGUGGCAAAUGGUGGAUUGCGUUGCUUUUUCUCGUGCUCCGUGUAAAAUAUUUACGUAAAAUAGUGUUCAUUUUUUGGUGCAGUGUUUCUGGCUUAUAUAAACAUGUCGGAAACACUGCCGAAUAAUAAGAAGCAAGUUCCACGGCAGCUGCGUGAACGCAAGCAGCGAAAACUUUAUUCUGAUGAGUGGGCCCUUGGUGACGAUGAGGCUGAGGGUGGCCGGGGAUUUUCCCUGGCUGAUAAACUGGAUAGUUCAAGAUUUGAACAUUCCGGGGAUGUUUUGGAUAUGCAGGGCUCUGAUCUAACAAUAACAUAUCUCCAAAAGCAUGGAUUCACAACUCCGCUUCUUUUCAAAGAUAAAGCAGGAUUAGGCCUAAGAGUGCCGACAAGCAAUUUUACAGUGAACGAUGUACGCAUGUGCGUUGGAUCGCGACGCCUCCUCGACGUUAUGGAUGUAAAUACACAGAAGAACAUCGAAAUGACUAUGAAGGAUUGGCAACGCUACUAUGACGACCCAAACAAAGAGCGUCUUUUGAACGUGAUUUCCCUAGAGUUUUCUCACACGCGUCUAGAGAAUUAUGUACAAGCUCCCCGUAUAGUACGCCUUAUUGACUGGGUCGAGACUGUAUGGCCGAGACAUUUGAAGGACCAACAGACGGAGUCAACAAACGCCUUGGAUGAUAUGAUGUAUCCCAAAGUACAAAAGUACUGUCUGAUGUCCGUGAAGGGGUGUUACACGGACUUCCACAUUGACUUUGGCGGUACAUCUGUUUGGUAUCAUAUACUGCGAGGUGCAAAAGUAUUCUGGCUAAUUCCACCGACAGAACGCAACCUUCAGUUGUAUGAGAAGUGGGUGUUGUCUGGAAAACAAUCUGAUGUCUUCUUCGGUGACACAGUUGAAAAGUGUAUACGGGUUCAUUUACAAGCGGGGCAUACAUUCUUCAUCCCAACUGGUUGGAUACACGCUGUAUACACACCAAGUGACUCUCUGGUCUUCGGGGGUAACUUUCUUCAUCAGUUUGGUAUAGAAAAACAGCUUAAAAUCGCCCAAGUCGAAGAUGUUACUAAGGUGCCACAAAAAUUCCGUUAUCCAUUCUUUACGGAAAUGCUGUGGUAUGUGUUAGAUCGCUAUGUGUGUGCGUUACUCGGCCGGUCUCAUCUUGCUCCUGAGGGUCAAAACCCACCUCCAACGGCUCCCAAGGAACAUAUCCAUCUUACUCAAAAUGAGCUGCACGGAUUAAAGGAAAUAGUACUUUAUCUGCAUCAAUUGCCUGCCGCACGUAAAUCAGUCCCCGAAUUACUCAGCGAUCCGAUAGCAUUGGUUCGGGAUGUGCGUACCUUGGUGGAACAACAUCGUCAUGAUAAACAACAACUUGCAAUUACUGGACUACCCAUAUUGAAAGGUCCAGAUGAUGCUGGAGGUGAAAGGAUUCGCCAAUGGGGUGGCGGUAGAGGGCGCGGUGGGCAUCGCGGCGGUCCCGCCAGACCACGUCCCGAACAUGCCAAUAACGCACCUAGGCGACGCCGAACAAGGUGUAAGAAAUGUGAAGCCUGUCAACGUACAGACUGUGGUGAAUGUGUGUUCUGUCAUGAUAUGGUCAAAUUUGGAGGGAUGGGUCGAGCUAAACAGACGUGUGUUAUGAGGCAAUGCUUACAGCCAAUGUUGCCUGUCACAGCAUCUUGUGCCGUUUGUCACUUGGAUGGAUGGAUGCAAACUCCGGUUGCACCUCAGGCUAAAGGAAAUGCUGGUCGAAACGGUACUUCAUUACUUCGUGAAUGCUCAGUAUGCUACAGCAUAGUACAUGAAACCUGUGUGCCAGCUGGAGGACAGUUGAAUGAAGACUUGCCUAACUCCUGGGAGUGUCCCACUUGUACUACUAUGGGACUUAACCAUGACUACAAGCCGCGCCAUUUCCGUGCCCGUCAGAAAUCUUCCGAUCUUCGUCGUAUGAGUGUUAGCUCCGACGCCAGCCAACUCAGUCAGAAUUUACAAAAUAAAUUACCUCCUCCAUCAUCAAUGUCGGUGAAGACUGAAGCCACUUCUGAUGCUGAGAAUAAGGGUGAUAUGCCAAUUAAAACUGAAAUGGACGUGAAACAAGACGAUGAAGUCAAAGAAGCAGGCGAUAGUGCUGAUAGGGGUGAGGACUGGGAACCAAACAGCAAGAGGCGACGAGCCAGUGAUGAAGAUGAGGCACCGAAGAAACAGGCUUUGAGGGCGCAUUUGGCUUUGCAGCUUACUCACCACUCCGCUAAGCCCCAAAAGAAACCCUUAUAUCCGGUUCGCCCAGCUCCGGUCUCCAUAUCGAACCUGGCUGGUACUCCGUGGCUGGAUCGAGACGCGAUGUUGAGUGUCUUUGCAAAACUCACGCCGCAUGAAUUAGCCACUUGUGCGCUUGUAUGCAAGGCCUGGGCUGAAUAUUCGAUGGACCCAUGUCUAUGGCGUAGCAUGUCAUUUGUGCAAGUGCGCGUAUCGGCCGCUCAGUUAGCAGGCAUUGCGCGACGACAGCCCUUAUCUUUGGGCCUUGAGUGGUGUCAUUUAGCACGACGACAACUUGCCUGGUUACUGGCAAGGCUCCCAGCCCUUCGAUCAUUAUCUCUCGCUGGUUCCCCUGCCGAGGCAGCCCUAGCGCUUCGAUCCAGCUCGUGUCCACCCUUAACAUCACUGGAUCUAUCUUUCGCCCGUUGCCUCGACGACCCGAAACUCCGGGGCAUUUUAGCCCCACCGGAGAACUCCCGCCCAGGGGGUGGUGCCCGUUCGGGGACUGAGCCGUCUCGAUUGGCAGCACUUGCGGUCCUGCGGCUCCCAGGAACUGAUAUCACUGAUGUUGCUAUGCGAUAUGUUGUGCAGGCUUUACCAAAGCUGGUAGAACUUGAUGCUUCGUCCUGCGCACGUUUGACAGACGCUGGCGCAGCACAGUUGGCACAUCACGGACUUCGGCGAUUGUCUCUGGCCGGAUGUCGAUUGCUGACCGAGGCUUCAUUGGACCAUCUUACUCGUUGCCCUAAUCUUGAGCGAUUGGACCUACGACACGUGCCACUGGUCUCAACACAGGCGGUUAUCAAAUUCGCAGCCAAAUCCAAGCAUGACUUGCACGUGAAGGACGUGAAACUGGUGGAGUUGAGGGCCACCUGAUCCGAGGAGGACGUGGUCGAGACCACGUCGAACGAUGACGUCAUCAAUGACGCCGCAGACACGCAAGAAGCUGCUUAAGUGACUUGUGAAAUUUUGGUUCUAAGUGAUAAGUGAUAACCUAAAACUGCGUAUGUGUAUGUGACGUCACAGAUGUCGUCCACGUUUACAGUGACUUGGGUGCUGUGAUGAAUGUUGAAACCAAAUGGUACCUUAAGGUAAUUUUAAGCUCAUUUUAGUUGCAGUAGGCCUGUUUUUGACCUUGUUUAAGUUGGUAUAACACGAUUGUCGAAAACAGAGUAUUUUAUUAGUUUACAGAUAUAAGUUUCUUUAUUAAUACCGCAAUGCCAUCAUUUGGAUGUAGUAUUAUUUUAACUCAUACAUAAAUCCCAAUUACUGUUUAGGGUAAUUUCAGGCAAAUAUUUGAUAAGGUUGACUGAGUUAUUAUAACUCUUUGAAUAUCAUAUUUAUAAAUGACUUGCAGUUUAUUUUUACAAAAUUAAGGUAAUUUUAAAUCCAACAAUAUUAUUAUCAUAUUUUCGAGACAACAUCAUCAAUAUUUAUCACAGUAAAAAUUAAAAUUAUGUGAAUAUUUAUAUUCAUCCUUGGAAUUAGGAUGUCAUAAAUCACAUCUCCAAAAAACCUAAUCAAACCUGAUACAUGGUAUAUCAAAACAACUAUUAAUCAAACAUUUUAAUUCUAUUUUUUGGAUUAACCUCAAUAAAAUUUUUAGAACACCUUUGUGCCAACAUAGCACAUCAUUUUCAAAGCACAAUCUACAAAUUAGUUAAAAAACUAUAAAUUUUAUUGCAUGCUGUUGCAUUGAUAUAUAUUUUAUUUCUUUUUGUUUUUAUGUCCAAACUCAGCUUAGCUUGAGUACUAUUAGGAUAAAAUUCAGAGAUAAGGCUGGGGAAUAAAUAAGUAUUGCCAAGCUAUUAUUGCCUUGUCUUAAGUUUCUAUCAAGUAAAAGUAACCUUAUUAUCAUUGGAGAAUUUUAUCAAAACGUUUAUAUCUUAGAUGCAACCGAACCUGUUGUUACGCUAAAAUUUGAACUCACUUUUAUGUAUGAGAGCAUUUUAGAGAUAGAUAGUGAGUGUAACAUGUCUCUGAAUCUUGUCCUUAAAUCAUUGGUUUUCACCACUGGAAAAUUGAUAGGAAAUCAGACAUUAUUAUGACCAACAUAGGAAUAGCAUAAUUUAUAUACAUUAUGACUUAAUCUCAUGUUUGGUGAAAACCAGUGCUCACCUGUAUUACCUUUAAGAUAUAUAUGUAUAUAUUUUUGAAUCAAGGGCAGAUUUGGUUUUGAGUGGCCUAUGUCUUUAAGUAAUGUUUAUUGUUUACUCCAAAUAGACUAAUUUUAAGUUGCUUUUAGUUUUUUAGUUCUAGUCGCUUAAUAGGAAUAUUAAUAUAUCGAGGCUAAACAAUUGAUUUUGUAAAAUGCAUUUAUCUUCAAUUAAAGCUUUUGAUGUAAUUGAACUUUCGAUGAUUUUGUUUAAAUGCAUUUUUGUACUAAAAAAUCAAUUGUUAGUAGAUUUUGUAAAAUAGAAUGACUGGUCAGUGUAGGUCUCACAGCCGCCUAUUAUUACUUAGGCGAAUAGUUUCAAGUAUUAAUGUGUCAACUGUCAGAAGUUUUUUGUCAUUUGAGAAAACUUUUAUGAUCCAACAAGUAUUUGCUACAUAUUUUAUAAUAACCUUAAUUUCAUGAUUUCAUUUAAUUUGAGAUUUUACAUUUCGUUUGAUAUUGGGAAGUUGUUAAGCUAUAUAAAAUGGAGCUUUAAGACACAAUAGUUAUUAAUUAAUUGCAGUGCUGUGUAAUAUUUUCGUUUUUAUAAGACCAAAUUAUUUGCAGUAUAGGCUCAUUUUUAUAACAUCAUAAAUUUCUUAACACUUGCUUUAUUAUAUCGCAUUAGAUAAAUUACUUGGCUUCUUAGGAAAAUUAAAAAAAAAUACUUUUAAUAUCAAUAAAUUUUGUUGUUUAUAACAUCAACACCUAGCUGUAUUAUUGUUGUCAAUAACUUAAAUAUGUUUUAAGAAUAUGUAAGUUAUUGACUGAAUAGGUUAUAAGUAUUGUGUGCCUCUGUGUAUAGACAGUUAGGGAUUUAUGUGAAGGGUACUUACUUAGAGGAUAUGAUUAGGCAAAAAAAAUUUUAUGUAAUCAAUUGAUGUAUUCAUAUGUUUCGGCAGUUGAAAAUUAAAAAAAAAACUUCCUGCCUCAGCUGGUUAUUCAAUGUGAAUUUGUAAAUAAUGACAUCUGAAUGUGACAGAUGAGGGCAAUUUAAAAACGGAGAUA